AGUUAUUUACACUGCUUCACUUCACGCAAAGACCCCUCUACUUUUCCCUUCUCUCUUGCUUUCGCUCCGCCUUGCGCCGCCGAAUGUCUCUCUCUCUCCGCCUUCAGCCGCCGCAUCUCUCUCCGAGUCUCUCACUGUCGUCACUACCGUCUCCUUCACCGACCAUAAAAAAAACCGAUCGCUUGACCGAUCAAUCAUAACCGAACCGAAAAGAACCGUUCCUUUGGACUGAUUCGAAUCGGACCGAACCGAUAUACACCUGAAGCUUCCCGUUCCCAGUUACCCUUUGGCGCCCAUUUGUGAAAUCAGCUGACUGUAACUAGAGUAACGCGCAAAUUUCUCGUCUCUCUCUCUUUCGAAUCUGCCAUUGGUCGACAAUUCCUUGUUUGUUUCUCGGAACCUCCAUUCCCACGACAAAAUAUCUUCACCCAGUUCAUGGUGACUCUCUCUUGGUAAAUUUAUAUGAAGAAAAUUUCGCUCGCGUUCGAAUUUGCGGAGAAAACUGAAUUUACAGCCUCCUCAAAUUUGCGGAGUAAAUUUGUCGGGGAUAUUGGCUAGUUUUGUUAGAAGGCCAGCAACAGCAUUUUUUAUUGUUUGCUGGAUUCGUUGGUGUUCAAAUGGCAAACAGUAAGUAUGAGUAUGUGAAGCUGUUUGAAGUUGAUGAUGAGGUGAUGCUGCCCAAUUUGAUCGUCGUUCGAGUUGAUGGUCUUGAUUUUCGAAGCUUCUCUGAAGUUCAUGGAUUUGUGAAGCCAAAUGACGAAAAGGCUUUAGAGUUGAUGAAUUGCUGUGCAAUGUCCACAAUGGAAAUGUUUUCAGAUGUAAUAUUUUCAUAUGGAUUUAAUGAUGAGUACAGUUUUGUCUUUAAGAAGACAUCAAAAUUCUACCAAAGGCGUGCCAGCAAAUUAUAUUCUCUCGUGGUAUCUUUCUUUACCUCAGUAUAUAUAACAAAAUGGCAAGAAUUCUUUCCUCAAAAGAACUUGAGAUACCCACCAUCAUUUCGUGCACGUGUAGUAUGUUGUGCUUCUAUAGAAGUUCUUCAAGCAUAUCUUGCAUGGAGACAACAAUUCUGUCAUAUCAGUAACUUGGACAAUACAUGCUUUUGGAAGCUAGUUGAAUGCGGGAAGACAGACAGGGAAGCCCAUGAUUUUCUGAAGGUUACAGAGAAGAAAGAGAAGCAUGAGCUGCUUUUUCAAAAGUUCAAUAUUAACUAUGCAAAUCUUAAUGCAAUCUUUCGUCAAGGAUCCUGCAUUUUGACAACAAAGGUUGAAUAUAUUGUGAAGUACCAUGAAGAUGGCACUCCUGUUAAGAGAUUGCGGAGAAAGGCAACAGUGAUUCAUUCACCAAAUAUUGCUGGACAAAAAUUUUGGAAUGAACAUUCCAUUCUUUUAAAGGAGCUAGGUGCUUUCACAACAAACAUUGACAAAAUAAAUCCAGAUUAUGUUAGGUCCUUCCAAGCUGAGAACAAACUAAUGCCAGCCACAUGGAUAGUGAUAAGAAUAGAUGGUUGUCAUUUUCACAGAUUUUCCGAAGUUCACGUGUUUGAAAAGCCAAAUGAUCAGCAGGCUUUGAAUCUUAUGAAUUCAUGUGCAGUGGCUGUGAUGGAGAAACUUCCCGACUUGGUCUUCUCCUAUGGUGUUAGUGACGAGUACAGCUUUGUAUUGAAGAAGGAUUCUCAAAUUUUUGGACGCGGACCUAGUGAAAUAGUGUCCAUCAUUGUAUCAUUAUUUUCUUCCCUUUAUGUAAUGAAAUGGAGAGAAUUCUUCCCACAUAAAGAACUGAAGUACCCACCUUCUUUUGAUGGACGUGCUGUUUGUUAUCCGUCACGGGAGAUCCUUCAGGACUAUCUAGCAUGGAGACAAGUUGAUUGUCACAUAAAUAAUCAGUAUAAUACAUGUUUCUGGGAGCUUGUUAAGUCUGGAAAAAGUAAAAGUGAAGCUCAAGCCUGUCUCAAGGGUACUCAAGCACAGGAGAAGGAACGCUUGCUUAACUUACAAUUCAAUAUUUCUUAUAAUGAGUUACCGCUCAUGUUUCGCCAAGGUUCUUCUGCAUUCUGGGACAAGAAAAAUGUCAUAGCGGUGGACAAAAAUCCAGAUGCUUUGGAAAUUUCUAAGAGAAAAAUUGUUGUUGUGCAUUCUAAUAUAAUUGAGCCUAGUUUUUGGGAAGAUCAUCCAUGGAUACUUGACUAAGAAGUAUGGCUUAUUUAAGGAAGAAUCUCUCUCUUUGUAAGGAUUGUAUAGAAAUCUUGAUUUUGUUUCUCAUUUAGAGAAAAUUACUCUUUUGGUGCUUGAAA